UAUAGUUUAGCGAAGUCGGUUUGGUUAAUAAAAGAGAAGACGGGCUCGAUGCCUCUCCAAUCAACAAAACAGUCCAUGGGCUGAAAGCUUAGCAGCCCUAACAAGAAAUUGGCGAACUCGCAAGCACUUCGCAAUUUUAUUGGCAGUUUAAACGAGAAAGGGAACUGCGCACGGACACAAACCGUAAAAAGACACACCAAGUGAGAGAGAGGUGCAACGAGGGCGUACUAUUUGGUGGAGAGAGUAUCGGAGAAGUGGCAAUUGGCAAAUGCUCUAUUUAUCAGAGGUUAAAAGACCGGAUAGUCUUUUCUGCGCUUAGCAUUUCACUUCCUACUAGUUUAAUUUAGUCGUAUAGUUAUAUAUUUUAUUGUCUGCAAUGAGUAAUGCUCCAAAAAGAUCUCACGAUGAGGGUGUUCACUCAUCUUCAUCAAAGUACCCGCACGAAGAAUCAGGCUCAUAUCCUAAGCUGACAUCUGGGAUUUCAACCGAAUACCAUCCUUCCUAUGAGAUAGCUUCAGAUGCUCGGAUUGCAAAAAUUCCCCGUACUGAAUCUCGCGAUGCUGAUAGGAGAUCACCUUUGCAUUCAAUAUAUCGAGUGUCUUCAUCCUCAAAUGAUUUGCAUAUGGAUGCUCAUUCUGUUGCUUCUGAAACCAGGCUGGAAUCAAGAGAUUCCAAGGACAGCAGGGACCACAGAGUUGAAAGCCGAGAUCUGAGGACUGAAGCAAGAGAGAUGCACAGUGAGGCAAAGAGGGAUUCCCAAAGUUCCAAAGUUGACAAGGAUUCAAGAUUUGAGAGUAGAGCAGAUGAUAACAAGGAAAUAAAAUAUGAGAAGGAUGCUUAUAAUGAUCCAAAGAAUGACGUAAAGAUGGAAAAGGAUGGCUUUAGUGUGACAACUAGUCAGUUAAAUUGGAAAGAAUCAAAAGAAUAUCAUAGAGGAAAGAGAUAUACUGAAUUCCCUGGUGGACAUGUGGAUCCGUGGCAUAUGUCACGCGGUAACUCCCUAGGCCCAGUUGAGAUUGUGAAGGAAGGCUCAACAAUUGAAGAGAGGGAUUAUGCAGAAACACAUGAGGCUGUUGGUGAGAACAAAGUUGAUUUCAAAGGUGAGGAUAGAUUUAAAGAUAAAGAUAGGAAAAGGAAAGAUGUAAAACAUCGAGAAUGGGGAGAUAGAGACAAGGAAAGAAGCGAUCGUAGGAGCAAUCUUCAAGUAGUUAAUAAUAGUGGGGAGGGAAAAGAAUCAGCUAGGGAAGAGAGGGAAGCAGAGAGAUGGGAGAGGGAUAGGAAGGAUCUCUCAAAGGACAGGGAAAGGCAAAAAGAGAGAGAAAAGGAUCAUACCAAGAGAGAAUCAUGGAAUGGAGUAGAGAAAGAGGUUCUGGACAAUCAGAAAGAAUCGGGGGAUGGAUCUGGCAGAGUGACAGAGCAGGAAAAUCCAACUUCGGAGCAGAAGAAACAAAAAGAUCUUGAGAGCUGGAAAAAUGUUGAUAGAGAAGCUAGAGAUAGGCGGAAAGAAAGAGAUGCUGACAUGGAAGCAGAUAGGCCUGAGAAGCACAGCAGGUUGUAUGACAAAGAAUCAGAUGAUGGAUUUGCAGAUGGUGGUGAUGGGCCUGCAGAAAGGGAAAGGGAAGUUUUUAACUAUGGAGUUCAGCAACGGAAGAGGAUGCUUCGGCCCAGAGGCAGUCCUCAAGUGCCAAAUCGUGAGCCCCGUUUUAGGUCUCGUACUCAGGACAAUGAAGGGUCCCAAGUUGUUGGUGCUUCAGGCAAAUCCGAGGUGUCCUCCGUUGUUUAUAAAGUUGGAGAAUGCAUGCAAGAUUUGAUAAAGUUGUGGGAGGAAUAUGAAUCAUCUCAGGUUGAAAAAAAUGGUGAAAGUACUCUUAACAGUCCCACACUUGAAAUUAGGAUACCAGCAGAGCAUGUUACUGCUACAAAUCGCCAAGUAAGGGGUGGCCAGCUAUGGGGUACAGAUGUAUACACAGAUGACUCUGAUCUUGUUGCUGUUCUCAUGCACACAGGUUACUGCCGUCCCACUGCUUCUCCUCCUCCAUCUGCCAUUCAAGAGUUGCGUGCUACUAUCCGAGUAUUGCCUCCACAAGAUAGCUAUACUUCGAUGCUAAGAAAUAAUGUUCGUUCCCGUGCCUGGGGAGCUGGAAUUGGCUGUAGUUACCGUGUUGAGCGCUGCUGCAUUGUAAAGAAAGGAGGUGGAACCAUUGAUCUUGAGCCUUGUCUCACACACACAUCAGCAGUGGAGCCUACCCUUGCUCCUGUGGCUGUUGAGCGGACAAUGACUACAAGGGCUGCAGCUUCGAAUGCACUGCGGCAGCAGAGGUUUGUGCGUGAAGUUACAAUACAGUAUAAUCUUUGCAAUGAGCCAUGGAUAAAGUACAGCAUCAGUAUUGUUGCUGACAAGGGUCUGAAAAAGCCCCUGUAUACUUCUGCACGUUUGAAGAAGGGAGAAGUUUUGUAUUUAGAGACACAUUCAUGCAGGUAUGAACUUUGUUUUACUGGAGAGAAAAUGGUGAAGUCUACUCAAUUGAUUCAUGGACAUGAAGAGGCAGAGAAGCCUCAUAAUCACCAUCCUCAUUCCUCGAAUGGUGAAAAAAAUGACUCUGAUAACAUUCUAAUUGAUGUAUUUCGGUGGUCUCGGUGCAAGAAACCCCUCCCACAGAAGAUCAUGCGGUCUGUUGGAAUUCCACUUCCCCUUGAAUAUGUAGAGGUGUUGGAGGAGAAUCUUGACUGGGAGGAUGUGCAAUGGUCACAAACUGGUGUUUGGAUAGCUAGAAAGGAAUAUACGCUUGCAAGGGUGCAUUUUCUUUCUCCAAAUUAGUUGUAACUUAAUGUGUUUCAUAUGUAUGUACAAACGGAUUACCGGUUGUGUAGUAUGAAUAAUAUUGGUUUCAAAGAAUUUCAUUUUUAAGUUGCUAGUUCA